UUUUCAGCUGACGACGAGACGCAGUUGGAGCGUGGCACAGUGAGAGGGAGGAGAUGGCAGUACCAGGGAGACGUAACCGCAUGAUGGGAGACGACGAGGAAGACGGCGGUAUCAUCAUCGAUGAAGAAAUCGAAUUCGAGCAAGUUGAUAGCAACACGCCUCCUCACCUCCGCCAAGUUGCCAUGGCCGCCGAGCGCGGCGACCUAGAAUCCCUUCGCCAUGCCCUAGAUAAUUUAAGCAGCAUCGAUGAACCAGUUGAAGAUGGAGACACUGCUCUUCAUCUUACCUGUUUGUACGGCCACCUGUCUUGUGUUCAGCUGUUGUUAGAAAAGGGAGCCUCUUUGGAGGCCAAGGAUGAAGAGGGUGCAAUUCCCUUGCAUGAUGCGUGUGCAGGAGGAUUUGCUCAGAUAGUUCAGCUUCUUAUCAGUAGCACUAGUGAUCCUGAAUGUGUGAAGAACAUGCUGGAGACAGUCGACGUAGAAGGUGAUACGCCUCUACACCAUGCUGCUAGAGGCGAGCAUGCAGAUGUUAUUAGGUUGUUGUUAGCUGCGGGGGCCUCUCCUACCAAGACAAAUAUAUAUGGGAAGAUCCCUAGUGAGCUUGCUGACACUGAUACUGAAGCAAAGAGAGUCCUGGAAGAGGCUACAAUGGCAAUGAAUAGCUAAGUUUUCAAUCAUGAACUGGGCUUUUGAUCUUGUUGCGAUUGACUUUUAGUCCAUUUGUGUUAUAGGGGUAUGGAAUGUUUUAUGUAGUGAUUUGCAAUUGUCACAAAAGUAGUGUGUGUACUCUGCGGCGAGUAGUCCUUCAUUCUGAAAGUAGAGAGUCGAGCUAUUUGGUGCUUCCUUUAUUUAUAUCACAUAUAUGUCACCUUGUUUUAUAGAAACAUUUUAGUGGGAAAUUCUUGGAUUAGCA